UGGAGGGAUGGGUGACGAGGAGUGUCUCCGUGGUUCUUAAUAUAAUGUGAACUAUAUGUGAGAGUUGUGCGAUACUUGAAUGGAUUGUCGUAAUUAUUUGAAAGUUAGCGGUCAAGUGCCAGCGAAUAAAACCAAUAUUCCGCAUCACGCACUGUAUACUGCGACAUAUCGGAGAAAAAACGGUGGUGAAAGUAACUUGCCUGACAGAAAAAAAAAGAAGAAUAGCACAUGAUUUAUGUUUACAAUAAUUAGAAAGGUACAGUUUGUCCGUCCAGUUCUGACGUCCCACCAAGGCCACGCUACCGAGCUGAUGAUCGAGGGGGCUCCUCACACUAUGCCCGAUACAAGAUCAACAUGAUCGGAAAGGACGAGAGCAGCAGUGGCGGUAGCAGCACCACCACCAUCACCACCACUGCCAUCAAUAUCACCAUCAUCACUAUUAAUAACAACAACGCUAACAACGACGACGAGGACAUCAGCGAGGUCAAGUCUCAGUACUCAAUUAAGACACACGUCUUUCCGUCCACAACCUGUCAGGGACUUGGUCUGCCUGUUCCGUGAUCUUUUCCUUUGCUAUGAUGGGCGUGGGCGUCGCCCUGUAGCUUUCUGUCAAAAUGAGUGCCAAAAGGAAGCCUCGCACGCCCACGCCUCCGCCAGUUAUAAAGGAGGACGCGGACGAUGAAAGCGAGGAUGUGUUUGCAGGCAGACGCGUCUCCGUGUCAGAAUUUGAUGGCCAAGACUUUGGCUAUGAGAGCGUCAGUUCUCCUGGAGCGUCCAGCACAUCAUCGGAGCCUGCCUACAUCAGGAAGCCAGGAUUUGAACAUCACGCUCACGAGUUUCGAGCGACCCCUCCCAAGUCCACGACGUUCACACCGACAAGUGUGAAUGUCACUCUAGGGGGAAACUUAGUGGGAGGGCAGCCCAUCAGAACCUCCCUUCACAAACCCACGGGCCUCCAGUCACCCACGGGCUCUCUGGGGUCCAAGGGCAGCAAGAAGAAAAAGAGCAACACUCCAGAGGGCAGGGCAGAGAAUGCUAAUGCGGAAGCUGACUCACCUUCCCCGAAUCCUGUCAGGCCAAAGCUAAAGAAAGAUCCGCUGCCGAUGAAGAUGCGUGCCUUCCCUCAGAGCUUCUGGCUUCAGCCCAAUAAGAACAACCUGCCUCCCUCCUGCUCCACCUUGCCGCCCCUCAUCCUCGGCAAGGAUUCCAGCGACAUGUUCGAUUCGUCCAGUCACCCGCCUGAGGAGGAUCUAGUGGCCGCCGCGGAGCAGCCACGAGGGGAGCCUGCCAAGACGGAAAAAGAGGCAGAGCUAAGGUCCAUCAAGGUGUGCAACCCAGACCUACUAUCCAGACUCUUCGACUCCGUGGAGCAGGGAGACAAGAAAAGGGUGGCUGUGGUGCGGCGGGGAAGGCCCCGAAAGCCUCCCUCUACAGUGCUGCCAAGAGUGCUGCGGGACGAGGACCCGUGUUUGGUGAGCACUGUCACGGAAUCCAUCCUGCCUCUCCUUCCUGAUAAGACUCCCGUGUCCUCAGGCUCGUCAACCCCGCUCGGUAUCCGCCAAGGGCCCCAGGUGCUGGAGAUGGUGAACCUGCGUGAUGGUGACAGAACUAUCUCCCUGCCCUCCCUCAAUGUGGAACACAAUUACAACCAAAUACUAUCAGAACUAGUACUCAAACUGUAGCUUAAGUUACUGACCCAUGUUGUUCGUCACCUCUAUAUUUUCAAGUGAAAAUGAAUUAUUUUCUAUUAUUCCACAUGAAAGUUGAUUUUUCUUUUCGCUUUGUAUUUGCAAUUCGAAUUUUCCAUAAAUUAAUCUGAUAUGCUUUGUUCCACUAAGGUAAAGGUAUAAAUUCCUGAAAAGUUCAUCUGUAACAACAAUCUUCUGUAUGAGAAAGUGACGCAACCACACAUGCCAAAGCGGGAAUGGUUUGGAAGUUUCUAAAAAGCUCAAGGAAUCAAUUUAGAUUCUGUUGCUAUUUCAUAUUCUUAAGUCUGUAAACCUUGUAACUAUGGCUCCUCAUUCAGUGUCACACAGAGCCAUUGCUCAAAUCUCAGGUAAAGAGAACUUCCAACUCAGGAAGGCUUUUUUACAUAAGGUUAUUAGACUAGAAAACAUUAUAUUCAGCAAGUACAGGAGUCAUAGCUUCAGGUACCUGCUGCCAGAAGUUUUUAGCAAUUUCUUGUUGGUUUUCAUGAUCUCUUACAUCAAGAAAAGAAAAGCAUUUUGCUAUAUAUUUUUUAAGAAAUUUGCAGAUAUCAGUUGUAAAGUACUUCACAAAUUAUUUAAAAAAUUUUGGCACAAAAUUUGAAUUAUGUACCUCCAAGAUUGAGUCUAAUAGUGGAAGGUUGAAGAUAACACAAUAUCUUAUUGAGUCAUGUAGAUACAAGUAACAUUACUUCUGAAAAAAAUAAACAAUAUAAACCCAUACAAAAAACAUAUUUUUCAUAGGCAAAA